AUGGUCACAUGGCCCAGCGACGUGGACAUAGGCACUUUGAAGGUGGAGACGUGUUUGCACACUGCAAAUAUGUGUGUGGCUGCGUUAAACUGCCUAAAUCAGAGCUUAAAGCCCGCCCUGGCCCCUGAAGCUCUGACUGCAAGACCCACGCUCGCCCAGCUCUCAGCACACCGACAUGUGGCCAGCAGAGUGGUUCGUUUCCUUGCCCGGCUCAACAGCGAGCUGGGCGAUGCUUUACCUUGGCGCGGAUCUUUCAGUGAGGAGGAGCUGACAGCGGCCAGCAACUGCCAAGACAUUUGUGCAGAUGCAGUGGAUCUUCCUGUCGCUGCUGGGACAUGCGAACCGCUUGACGUGAUUGCGCCGGGCCUGGCAUCUCAAAUCGUGGAGUCGGAGACCGUUUUCCCACACUGCCAUCCGCUGGCAAGUUUUCCUGAGGUGAGCCCGGAAAAGCGGGGGGAAUACGUGGCUUUAGCCGUGCGGGAGCUGCAGUGUGGAAAGCUUCGGCUAAGACCCGAUGCUUGUGCUGUUGCUGACGUUUUUGCUGCCGCGAAGCGGCAUGGACGACAGCGAAAGAUUUGGGAUGGCUCCCAGAUCUCCGGCAUGGCUGCAGAUCCCCCAAAACCACGACGCUUGGCAAAUCCUUCCUGCUUUUUGGAGCUCGAGGUCAAGGCGACGGAGACUUUGUUUUUCUCGAAGCGAGAUGCAUCGACCUUUUUCGAUGUUCUGCGGGUGCCACGCGGAUUGCAACCUUGGCUUGCUCAGCCAGCCCUGACCGUCAGCGAGUUACUCAGUGUCGGUUUGAUUUUCGACCACAUUCAAGCUUUUUGCGACGAUGUUGAGCUGCUGUCAGAAGAGACGAUGCUGUACCCGACUCACGUGGAAGAGCUGGCUUUGGUUGCGACGGAUGACACAGUCCUCUUCCACCGAGACAGACACAGAGGAGCACAGACUUUGCGCAACUUGGAUGCCGCUUUCGAAGCAAACGGCAUUCCCAGGAAUUCCCGAAAGGAUGUGUCGUUGGCCGCUAGCAUAACGGCUCUCGGCUGUGACCUCAGCAAUCAGCCUCCCCUCGCAGAACCUGCAGCAGCUCGUUUGUGCCAAGCGCGGGGCUUCUACAGCAUCUACAGCGACAUCUACGGUUUUGUGCAGAGGAUUCCUGAGCGACUUUGCACCAAAGUGCCGGCGGGGGUGCUGAACGAGUUGUUAGCCACCUUGCUUCUUUCGCCGCUUUCGCCCUUGCCUUGCUGGGCCAUAGGCGGGUGCACGAAUGUCUGCAGCAGCGUCCUUGCGUGUGGUGCUGAAGAGUACCUGUUUGUUUCUGCAGUGGUGCUGAUGAGUACCAGUGGUGCUGAAGAGUGCCUGCUUGUUUUCUGCAGUGGUGCUGAUGAGUACCCUUGGUGCUGA